AUGAGCUUCUCGAGCCUUAUUUAUCUGAUUCUCCUAUUCUCCGGACCAAGUGAAGCGGUCCACCAGGAUGUCCAGCGGAGGCAGACAGGCAGCAUGUCGCACGAUCAAGCCAAUUUAUCGGAAUUCCCGCUUUGGCGAAAUGAAUGCCUGUUGGAGCAAGGCUGGGAAGAGGAUGCAGUAAGUUCUAGCCUUUUAUUCGAGCAGGAAGCUGCUAAUUAUGACCAUUGGCCGUUCAAUUUGAAUGUAGCCACAAGGGUAUUCAAUGGCAAAGAGACAUAUGGUAAUAGUCUGAAGCGCGAUUAUCCAAGUUACACCAG